UAUAACUUAACUCAGUACUAUGCAGUAACUACUAACUAGUCACUCCUGUAAAAUGAACUCUUCAAAUCUAUCAAUAGCCUGGAAUUCAUAUCAAAAUAAUUUAAGCAAUGGAAUAACUCAUUUCCAACGGGAUGGGGAAUUUGUGGACAUGACUCUAGCCGCCGAUGGGCACUAUGUGACCGUUCAUCAAAUGGUGAUAGCUCUAGCGAGCCCCUAUCUCAAGGGUAUAUUAUCAAACAUGCAUUGCCGGAACCCAGUCAUUUACCUUCAUAAUUUCAGUUAUGAAAUCUUAUGCUAUACUUUGGAAUACAUGUAUAGUGGUGAAGUAGUAGUGCCCAAGAACAAACUGGAAAAGUUUGUAGAAUGUGCUAAAUCUCUACAUUUGAGGGGGAUAGAAAGUCUUCCUAAUAUGGUUGUGGAUCUACACAAACCAGCCCAAGGUGACUGUCAGAAGCCUGACUCGUGGCAGCUUCCAGAGCCACCACCUCUCACACAAAAUUUUAAUAUCUUGCCAGUCAGUACAAAUAUUCAGAAAAAUGAUGCAAAUAAAAACGAAGAAAACCAAGUUAAAUUUCAAAUAGACUGUCCAAUAAGUAAAAUAAGUGAAACGAACACUCAUGAGAAUAUUAGUCAUUUAAUGGAAACUGAGCAAGAACAAUCAGUUGAUGACUGGUGUGUGUCCAACUGUCCUAUAAUAGAUUUAGACAAUUUAGUUAAAGUACAUAAGAUACCAGAAAAAGACAUGCAAUCUCUUCAAACAAACUCAAAUGAACUUCCAGAGCAAUUUGCUUUGCCAGAUCUCCAACAAACAAUCAAUAUUGACUUGAGUGAUGAUUAUAACCAAGAAAUUAGUAGCAAUAUUGGACACAAACAUUUUAAUAUAAUUGCAGAAGAUGAAAUACCUCCAUCUAAUCAAUCAAAUGAGGAAUUAGAAAAUGCUAUAGCCAGUAUAGGGAUAGAUGUGAACCCACAGCCUAAUGUUGCAAGUGAGACUGCUACUGAUCUGGACACCUUAUGUGACGCAGACAUUAGAGAUCAGAGCAAGCCUCAGUACACAGUAUCAUCCCAGGGCUCCAAGCAGAUGAUUCUGAAUCGGUACAUGUACUACAUCCACCAUUCCUCCGUGAGAGGAUUCAAGAAGCGGUGGCGCUGCGUCGACUACCGAAGGAAGAAAUGCACAGCCCUCGUCGACACCGAAGGGGAGAAAAUAGUUAAAAGGUUAAACACGCAUUGUCACCCAUUCCACGACAAAAAAAUAUUAGAUAAGGUUUCCAAGAAAAUGGUCUUCACUUCGCUGCCAGCAAUGAGUGAGUCUGCUAACCCUCCCAAGAUUAGAAAAGUUACGUAUCGAGAGACUGAUUCAGAAUAAAGUGGUUUUGACUAAUA